CCCAGAUUUCCCGACCUUCCGUCGCCGCUGCCGACGCCGCGCAGCCGCCUCGGCCACACCCCAAAAACGGCGUUGUAAAUCAGCUUGCCCAAACGGCCAACCCGUUUCAUAUUAGAACAAAUUUCUCUCACUGACGGCUGCCUGCUAGCCUCGCAACGGACCGCCCUCAGAUCAACUCCUUUCGAUACGUAUGGAGUUUCGGCCUGAAUAUGGCCGUCCUCCACCAGAGUUCUACCGAGGCAUCGACUACCCCGACUACAGAGAGUUCCGUGAACCCGACUACCGUGACUGGCCACGACAUGACUUCCCGCAGCAGCGUGCACGAUCACAGUCACGCCUGGAUCCUGAAUAUAUUCCUUCUGAAUUCCCUCCUUACGGCCGUCCUCUAGACAAAACUGUUAGGAGCAAAUCACUCGAUCAUCGCGACGCAUUUCGCGAUGACCCGUCGUUGUUUGAUGAUCGUCGUGGAGUUAAUAUUCCGAUUUAUCGCGAGCGUAAUGAUAGAAAUUAUGACUACGAACGGGAGUUAUACACCCCAUUCGUGAGGAAAGAAGACAGACGGGAUGUUGGCGCAGAAACCGUCGGACGAGGUGCAUAUUCGCGUGAAGUUGACAUACCAAUGAAAAGAAUGCCUCGAGCACUCACUAGGAGCACGGAAUGGCUGGCACGACGAAAUUACGAUGACAGACCACGGAACCCGCGAGACGUGUCCAGGGCUGAAGGAUACUCACCAAAGUCGGCAUCGUCGUCAAAACGGCACAACCUGAAUAUUUCCGUUGAUCCAGGACGUGGCCGACGUGAGUACGGCAGGUCCGAAGAGUUCGCUGGUUAUGGUCGCGACGAUGGCAGAGAGAUGUAUAGGGACGAGAGGCACAUGGAGGGUGACGCUCGCAGUUCGCACAAAAGGCAGGCUCAUUCCAGCUACCACCACGAGUCCCACGGUGGUGGAGGAGCCGGGUAUGGCUCAUCCCGUCGGGCGAUCACGCAGCAGCCGCACGGACCGCCGCCGCCGGGGGGCCCCGGCCCAGGAGGUUACCGCCAGAUUCGACACCACCGGGUCAAGUGCUGCUGUUUCAACUUUACGUGGCCACCUUGGAGUUACGAACCCACUGCUCCUCCUCAGCCACUCUAUAGGAAUAUCUGAAUGUUACUAAUUCUUGUUCUGCUGCCCUUCUAUUGCUCAAUAUCGCUACUCAGAGGACUACUUAUUCAUUGUAUAUACGUCGCUGUUUUACUGUCGCCUCAUUGAUGUCGUCGAGGUCCCCAACACUGCCAAGCUCAUCCCCAUUUUUUCCACUCGGUGAUGGCUCAAUGAGGAACACUUAGAUCACCUCGCUCUCUUUAUUUUUUUGAAGUUUUUAACAUAUUGUUCAUGUACCAGUGCGACACACGUGUAUCGUCUCGGAAAAGAACUUAUAAAAGAGUAUUAUUUUUAAGAAUUUAUUGAGCAAUCAAAAUCAAGGCGAGACAUUGAUGAAGCACAUCGUAUCGGUGAAUGCCCUUGUGGUGUGGACACCCUUCUAG